UCAAAAUAUUUCUCAUAGCGUGUGCGAAAAUCACUAUUAAGACCUAAAUCUUUCUGUUAUUCAUCCAAUUUAUCGCAACAUAGAACUCAUUGAGAAUAGAACCAAAAAUAUGACAGUAAGCAAUGGUUUCCAGGUAGAAAGAACUAUCACUAAAUUCACUAAAUUUAAUUCAGACACUGAAUUUCUCAUCGGCAGGAAAGCAGCUCAUCUUGCACCCACUUGCACCGCUUGCGGUGUGUUUUAUUUCCUUCCUAGGGGUUAUCAGUCAAAGAAAAUGGAGUUGUUAACUUUGGAAGAAACACAUGGGUUAUGUCGUUUAUGUUUAGGUGAAAAUUGUAUUUUGAAAGAUUUGUUUGAACCUGUACACCCCAUAAAUGAAAAACCAACAGCCAAUCUUAGAGAAAAAAUAUUGGUUAGCACCUCUAUUCAGGUUGAAGAAGCUGAUAAUUUGCCUACUAAAAUCUGCAGUGAAUGCUCUGUGCAGGUUGAGAAACUCUAUGAAUUCAAACAGAAAUGCCUUGCCGCUGAUGCAUUGCUAAGGAAGCAUGUUAGACUGAAAUUUGGAAAAGAGCCAGACAGACCUGUACAAUCUUCAGAAUGUAGCUCUGCUCCUACCAAAGAUGCAACGAGUAAUGGACCGGUAAUGGUUGCACUCAAAACUGACACACCUCAAUCAAGUUUAUUUAUCUAUGAGUCUGAAAUGCUGAAUGUUGAGAUAAAGGAAGAGGAAGAAGAUAUCUUUGAUAAAAGCAGUGGUGAUGAAACAGGGAGUGAAGUGAAGGAACAAGGAGCUCCUCAGAAGAGAAAGCCAAUUCUAAAAAGUAAGACCCCAUUCAAAGACACAAAGUUUACCUGCCAGUUGUGCAGAAAAAGUUUUUGCAAUAAAUUCAGCCUUACCCGGCAUAAAUGGUCCCAUUCAAAAAAGACAACAACAUGCAAAUACUGUAACAAAAUAUUUAAAAACCGCGAGAGUCAACAGCGGCAUGAAAAAAUGCAUGAGAUAGGAAACCGCUACCAGUGUCAUUUGUGUGACAAGUCAUAUGUUUCUAGCACAUCUCACGCAGCUCACGUUCGUAAACACACUGGUGAACGUCCUUACAAGUGUUCUGAUUGCAAUGCGUCAUUUUACCUUUUAUCAUCAUUUGAAAGACAUGUUGUUAAACAUAGUGGUGUGAAAGAAUAUGAAUGUGAGAUAUGCACUGCCUCUUUCUGGGUGCCAGAUGACUUGCGUGCACAUGUCAAUCGAAUGCAUUAAUGUCAACUAACCUGGCUCUUGUAAAAUACAAUUUUAAUCAAUUUUAAAUCGGUGUUACUUCAAAAAUAUUUUUUAUAUACAUUUUUACUAUUUUUUGUAUGUAUUUAAAUAUUUAGACUUGGUGAAAAGUACCUGUCGGUUAAGGGCUGUAAUGGCUUUGAUUGCUGUUGAUUUGUUUUAAGUUGUUGAUGUAGAUUGUGUUGCAGUACUUUUGUAGUCCUUUUCAACACUGUUCAACAGGUUCUGUUAGCAGGCAAUAUUCUAACUUAAACUAAGCGACUAGCUGUAACUAUAUCCUCACAUACCUGUAAGUCCAUACAAUGCUUUGAGCACAUCAAAGGGUGUUUGGGACUUGAAAAUUUGAAGGCACCACAUGUUCAAUAUUUUCUGUAAUUUAUUUAAACUUUAAAAUAACAAGUAAUAAACUUUGGCAAAACAUAUAA